AUGAACGUGGAUAACGUUAAAGAAAGAUUGUUUAACACACUUGCCGAGAAAAUUUUGAAGUUUGGCGAAUGCAAUGAGCAGAUUGAUGACUAUUUGUACCGCAAGCUGAUCGGAGACAUCGUUGACACUGACUACAAAACAAAAGUGACAACAAAUUUCACGGUAAAAUCACAAGUUUCGGUUGAUCUAACGAAAAAAUCAAGCAAAGACCCAGAGUUAAACGAAUACAUAAGGAACAGUCUGUCCCAAAACGAGCCCAAAACUGACAAAUUCGAUAAUUUAGCGAGAUUGGAAACAUUUCAGGUGGAUGAGUUUGAUUUCCCUACUAACUCCGCAUACAAUAGCAGGUUUACGGGCGCGAAUGCCCCAAAAUUUGCUGGAAAAUUCAUGAUUACAGAUUCGUACUUCGGCCCCCAAAAUCCCAAAUCUGAGGUCAAUAAGGUGAACAGGCGCCAAGAUAAUCACGUAUUUCACACAGAAACCAUUACAACAGAAUCAAUAGACUCAUUUGGACACACCGAAAACCAACCACUUGCCAUUAACACCAGCCCGGCACUGGAAAGAUCUAUAAAAUUAGCAUGGCAAAGAAAAAACUCAUCAGUUGUACACAGAAACAUACCCUUCGGCGAUAAUGAGGCAUCUUCAAUAAGAAUGGACACAUGCUUUGACGAGGGGUACCCAAUAGUGUACCUAGCGGCAAACGCAGAGAUGGCCUUCAUAGACAUAUACCAACUCACAAAUACAUUUGGCCAGGAUAAUUCAGGGGAUAGACUGGCCAAAUGGGCCAUUCCAAAGGCCUUUAGACAUCAUUACGAGGCCGUAGAAUCGUUGAUGAGGUGGUACAUGUCCCACCAAUCAACUUGA